UCCACCCCACAGCCAUCUUUGGUCUAGUCGGCCCCUCCCUGUUUGCACCACCGUUGAUUCCCCUUCAUCGGGCGGGAAUCAACUUACCAAGGAUUCGUCGAGGUUGGGAACCACGAAGACGACCGACAUUUGGGAAAAUCAUCGAAUGAGAACACCUUCAUCCCCUGGAUAUUGUUUCCACCAUCCUUUGAGACAUAUCGUACCGCAUUCCGACCUGUGGUAGCUCUUGUCCACAUUUCGGCUGAUUCGGAUAACCAUGGCGGAGUCGGCGUCGACCCCUGGGUUCAAUAUUCACUCCGCACCGCUGGAGGUUGAUGACUAUGCUGAAGUAGACGACGACCCCUCGUCGGAUUAUGCGGAAGACUUCCCCAGCGACACCACCUCGUUGAAUUCUUUGAUCACUUCCUACCGUUUCGAAAAUGGUCGACGAUACCACUCCUACAAGGAUGGUGCCUACUGGGGUCCGAAUGAUGAGCAACAGAACGAGCAGCUAGACAUUGCACACCACAUGUUUACUGUGCUCCUCGACAAUAAACUGGUCCUGGCGCCUAUCGAUAAGAACAUCCAGAAUGUGGUUGACCUGGGCACCGGCACCGGCGUUUGGGCCAUUGACUUUGCGGACGAAUACCCCGCGGCCCAGGUUUUGGGGACGGACCUUUCCCCUAUCCAACCCAGCUUUGUGCCCCCCAAUCUACGAUUCGAGAUUGACGAUGCCUCGGAACCAUGGGUGUAUCCGGACAAUCACUUUGAUCUGGUCCACGUGCGUGCCUUGUAUGGGGGCAUUGCGGAUUGGCCCGCCUUCUAUCGCGAGGCAUUCAGACACAUUCGUCCUGGAGGCUGGAUCGACCAGCUGGAAAUGUCGAUCCAGUUUUCUUCCGAUGAUGGGACCGUGACGCAUGACCACGUUCUGGCGACCUGGUCCAAGAUUUUUAUUGAAGCCGGCGAGAAAUUCGGGAAGACCUUUCGCAUCGCCGAUCUCGCCAAAGGAUACAUCCAAGAUGCCGGAUUCGAAAACGUGACCGAGCGGCGGUUCAAGCUACCGGUCGGCCCCUGGAGCCGUGACCCGAAGCUGAAGAAACUUGGGCGCUGGAACCUGGUGCACUGCGAGCAGGGAAUUGAAGGUUGGGCCAUGGCACUGCUGACUCGAGUCAUGGGGUGGACCUACAUGGAAGUACAGGUCUUUUUGGCCGAGAUGCGGAAAGGCCUGCGGGACCCCAACACCCACGCCUAUUUUUCUGUGGUGGGAGUGUAUGGCCAGAAGCCAAUCCAGUAGGCUGGAGACGGCUCGAAAUGUUCAGUCAGGGGAUGCGUGGAGGUAUCAUUGGUCGCUUGCGGCGAUAAUUUCCUGGUUUUCAUGAUUCCCUCCACAUGGGUUGGACCAUGCAGCCUGGUUGAAGCUAAACGUGCGUUAGGGCCGGGGAGCUCGGAACGAAGUGGUUCAUUUAGCGGCAGUUAGCUCAUUCUUUCCUUCAUUUCAUACAGGCUGGACGAAGCAGGUCGGACUGCACCGACGAGUACAAACUCAUGGAUGUCUGUACAUAAAUCAACUCCUCUCUUUUUACUAUGGUGAAGCUGGCCGAGUUGAUAAUUAAUUAAUU